AUGUGGAUGCUUGUCGAUCGGUCGCGGGACGUUCAGGUCGGAUACACGCCCGGUGUUUUGGACGUUUCGACUGCUGAGACAGCUGUUGCGUUGACGUUUGCGACCAAGCGACGCCUUAUCGAGUGUGCCACAAGCGCAAAAGCUGGGGAGUGGGGUGUCUGGCAGCCGUUUAAGUAUUGUGGAUCGGAUGUUACUGGCAGCACGGUUGGUGUGAUUGGUCUCGGGCGAAUUGGUACGACAUAUGCGCGCAUGAUGAAGAACGGUUUCAAUUGCCGGAUUCUGUACACUGGACCGCGUGAGAAGCCUGACAAUGUCAAGCCAUUGGGGGGCGAUCCCAAUUCGGUCAAAUUUGUAGACAUGCCAAUGCUGCUGCGUGAAAGCGACAUUGUAAGUCUCCACCAGCCACUAACGGACGCAACUCGAAGCAGUAUCGGUGCCAGAGAACUGGAAUCAAUGAGAUCUGAUACAGUGUUGAUCAAUACUGGCAGGGGUGAGCUUGUGGAUCAGAAUGCGCUUGUGCGAGCGCUUACAGCUAAGUCGAUUGCAGCUGCUGGCUUGGAUGUAACGACGCCAGAACCGCUCUCACCCAGUCACCCUCUCUUCUCGCUCAAAAAUUGCGUUGUAAUGCCACACAUCGGCUCAGCCACGAUUAAAACAAGGCGGGUCAUGGCAGAUAUCGCUGUUGCGAAUCCCAUUGCCGGUAUCCGAGGGGAAAAGUUGCCGCACGGGGUGUGCUAA